AUGGCCGACGACCGCAAGCGCGAGCCGCUCGCGUACAGGCCGACGAAGCGUGCGGUCGUGCGUGAGCUCGUGUCGCUUGCGUGCCUUGCCUGCGUGCUUGCUACGGCCUCGAUCUACUGGCACUACCGCCUUCCGACGCCGCUCGCCCCGACGACGCCGCUCGCGCCCAAGCCUCGUGGGUAUGCGAGCGACGCGUGGUUUGAUGCGCUGUUGUCCCACCAGCUGGAUGGCGGCGCGGCGUCUGCUUACGAGCUGGCCGACGGCGAGGCGUACGAUGGCCCGCUCUCGUCCUACUUCAGCGAGGCGAAUGCCAUGCUGACGAUGCAGCAUCUCUCCGAAGGCAUUGGGUACCGCGUGGUCGGCACACAGAAGCAUGUCGAUGCGGAAGUGUGGCUCGAGGAUGUGCUGCGCCGCUACGAAGGCACGCAUGCCACAGGUGGCAACGAGUAUGCGACGCACGUCGAGGUGUUUCGGCAGCAGAGCGAUGGCCGUCACCGCUUCGAGAUCCUCGGUCAUCCCGUGUGGAAGCGGUACUAUGGCAUGUCCAACUUGAUCGUGCGCGUCUCAGACGGAUCGGAAGAGAGCAAGGCGCAUACGCUGCUUGUGAACGCGCACAUUGACAGCACGAUCCCGUCACCCGGCGCGGUGGACGACGCGGCCGGCGUGGCCAUCAUGCUCGAGGCACUGCGGGCGCUCACGGUCCGUGGUGCGCCGCGCAUGAAACACGGCCUCGUGCUCCUUUUCAACAAUGGCGAAGAGUCGCUGCAGGACGCAUCGCAUCUGUACAUGACGCAGGAGAAUAUCACGCGCGCCAGCGUUCGUGCCGUGGUCAACUUGGAGGGCUGCGGUGUGUCCGGUCCGCCCCUGCUCUUCCAGGCGACGGAUCCCGCGCUCAUCGAGGCGUACAGCCGCGUGCCGCAUCCAUUCGGCACGGUCGUCGCGAGCGACGUGUUCUCGUCUGGCAUCAUUAUGAGCGACACGGAUUUCCGCCAGUUCCAGGAGUAUGGACACGGCCUGCCCGGCCUGGACAUGGCCGUCGUGGGCUCGUCGUACCUGUAUCACACGCGCCGCGAUGUGCCGUCGUAUGUCGAGCGCGGCGUCUUGCAGCACUUUGGCGAGAAUACACUCUCGCUGAUCGAGUCGCUGUGCCUCGAUGCUGCCUCGCCGCUAGCUCAGAUCCGCCGACGGCCCUUCCAGCGGCUCUUGCCUGUCUACUUUUCUAUCGCGAGCUCGUACAUGAUCGUGCUCUCGCCCCAUCUCUUCAAAAACAUCAUCACGUCGCUCUCCGUGCUCGUCAACUUUCUGCUGAGUGCGAUGAACUCGACCGAGCCGCGUACGGCGUUUGUGCGGAUGGCCAUGAUAUCCACCAUCGGCAUCGUAGGCAACUAUGUCGCGGCGCUCGUCGCGGCGAACGCGGUCGCCUUUGUGCUGCGUUGCAUCGCGCCCCUCUCGUGGUUCGGCCACGAAUUCUACGCCCUGGCGCUCUUUGUGCCGCCCGCGCUCACGGCCAUCGUGGGUGUGCAGCGCUGGAUUCACUCGCUGCCGGAACGCACGCGCCGUCCGUACCUCGAAUACUCGUCGUUCGCGGGCGCCAUCAUCUUCCACACCUUCAUGGCCCUGCUGAUGAACUUUUACCUACUGGGCUCCGCCCACGUCGCGGUGCUCAUUGUGCUCGCCUCCCUCGUGCCCCUCAUCGUCAACGACUAUCUCGUGCUCGGCCUGUCCCGCAUUUCGAGCGGCCUAGCACCAGAUACACGCCUUCAUUUCUCGACGUACCCGCUGCAUCUGCUGCUGCCCUGCACCAUUGGCGUCGAGGCCGUCGUGUCGUUCCUCGACCUGCUCGUGCCGCUUAUGGGACGCAUGGGCACGCACGUACCCGUCGACCAUGUGAUGGGAUCGCUCGUGGCUGUGCUCGUGUGCAUUGUCGCCAGUGUCGUGACGCCCUUGUGCCAUCGCUACGGACCUGCCUCUAUGCGCAAGACCAUGUGGGUAGGCCUGGGUGUGACAUGCGCCACGGCCGCGCUGUUUGCCGCGCAGGGCCUGCCCGUCUUUGACGACCGUCAUCCGCGUCGCCUGCUGCUGCACCACGUCGAAAACGUGACGAGUGGCGAGUGGCACGUCGCGCACUCCGUCCUCGACUCGGCCUCGCGCGACCGCCGCUUGGACGCUGCGAUCGAGCGGACAUUGCUGGGCGAUGCGCCCAACGCGUCGCUGAGCUGGGAUCAUGCGGCGCAGGCCGCGCCGGACAUGGACAUCCUGUUCCCGCUCACGCAUUUUAUUGACGUGACGCGUGUGACACUGCCAUCGACGCCGACGCGACAGGCCCUCUCACGCGACACGUCGCGGUGGGCCGGCGUGCGGCUGUCGUGCAAGGAUCUGCACUAUGACGCGGCGAAUCACACUCGUCAUGUCCUGCUGCGCCUCGAGCACCCCUAUUUGGCAUGGUCGACGCUGUCCUUUGACGCCGAUAUCGUCGAGUGGGACUUUGAUGAGCCGCCGCCUACAGGCAUGCAGCGGCACCAUCUCAAGGACGUAUCACGCUACGGCGAGCGCGCCUUUGAGAUGCGCCUCGCUCUGCGCACGGACGAGUGGCCGCCGCUCCCUGUGCCUAGUGACUCGCUGCGCCAGGCCACGGUGCCUCGUGGCCGCUUCCAGGUGCAUGUGUCGGGCCUGGAUGCCCAUGGCAUGUACCCGCACCACAAGGACGUGAGCAUGGACCGCUUGUCGAUGCAGACGCUCGGCGCUCUCGACGACAUGCUCAGGCGCGACUUCCCGGGUAUCGAUCCGAUGCUCGUUUCCAUCAUAGGCGGUGUGGGUGUAUGUUAG